AUGUUGCUCCCCAAAAGAGCCUUCUUUUUCAGCCUCUCCGCCUUGUCUGGUGCCGACCAGAUCCCAUUGACUGCUCCCGACGCUUCCCCGUUCACCCCAGACUUCGAUAAGCUCGUCACAGAUACUCUGGACUACUGGCAUACUCCAGGCAUCUCCGCUGCUGUGGUAGCUGGCGAUAAGACGUUCAGCAAAGGCUACGGCAUCGCGACCUUCCCUGACGAGAAGGUCACACCUUCCACCCUCUUCUACACAGGCUCGACGACAAAGUCCUUCACCGCCGCAGCUGUCUCCCUUCUCAUCGACGACACUGCCAAUUCCAGCAAUCCUCUGACAUGGCAGACUCCUCUUUCCUCCCUCAUUCGCGAAGACUUCGUGUUGCCCGACGAGUGGGCCACUUCACACGUUACCCUCGAGGAUGCUCUCUCCCAUCGAACCGGCAUGCCUGACCAUGACCUGAGUUGGGGGACCCUUAAUACUACAGUUCGCGAUGCAGUACGGAAGCUUCGUCAUCUGCGGAUGACGGCUGAGCCACGCACAAAAUGGCAAUACUGCAACCUGAUGUACAUCACUAUCACACACUUCAUUGAGACUUAUACAAGCAACUGGCUGAGUAACAUCCUCCGGGAUCGCAUAUGGGAGCCUUUGGGCAUGAAGGAUACCUUCUUUUCGCUAUCGGAUUCUAAAGCAGCUACGUAUACCGGCAACGCUACCCUAGCUCGAGGAUACGUAUGGCUUAAUCGAACCCAGGAAUAUCGCAGCGUAUCUUACAUGGAUUCGGAUGCUGUCUCUGGAGCUGGUGCAAUAAUAUCCAAUGUACUAGACUACGCCAAGUGGCUCCGGUGUAUGAUGACUAUGGCUGCUCCACUCUCCCAGGCUGCACAUAACUCCCUGCGCUUUCCGCGGAUCAAUAUACCUGCCUUUGGCAUCCAAAACACAGGACUCAGAGUCGUCCACGGAUAUGCGCUGGGCUGGUUCAUUAGCAACUAUCGUGGAGAGGUUAUGUUAUGGCAUACUGGUAGCCUCGGCGGUUUCGCAACCAUGAUGGCUUACCUACCACGAAGAAAUUGGGGGUUUACUAUUAUGGCCAACGAUAUGGAAGGUGGCAAGAUCACUCACCAGAUCCUGUCCUACCAAUUGCUUGACGAUCUGCUUGGGACACCGCAGAGUGAGCGGCUCUCCUGGAGUGCUACCAUCGACUGGGACCUUCGGAAUGCAACAGAGGUUCUUAGGGAUCCUACAAAACACCUAUAUGCGGAUGCACCCCUGGGAGAUAAUGCUAUUCCACUGACUUUGUCUUUGAGUCAUUAUACCGGGAGAUACACGCACCUUGGUUAUCCCAAUUUUACACUCAUCACCAAAACCAACCUUGAUCCGAGCCUGCAUAUGGCAGGGGCGAACCAUAAAGAGAUACUCCACACUGACUCAUAUAUGUUGAGUGGACCCGUCUCAAUCGAUUUUACACACGCCAGCGGCGAAUAUUUUGUGAUUUACAUCCGAAUCCUCGAAGAGACAAGGCAGCCGGGCGACUACGAACCUAUGCGCGAUAUGGUCUCAAAAGCCGAGUUUCGGCUUGGGGAGAAUGGGGCGGUGAAAGAGCUAGGUUUGGGGCUGCAGCCAGAGAUGGGCGAUGAUAAGAUAUGGUUUACAAAAGUCGAAUGA